AUGCUGGCUUGUAUAAAUUGGUCAAUGCCAGUUAUGGAAGAUUCAGUAGGACUAAAAUAUUUUCAUAAAUUUUUGGGCUAUAAUUUUAUAGAUGUAACAACAAGCAUUUGUUGUGUUGGAUUUAUUAAGUUAGACAAUUAUUAUUAUAUAGUUGACAAUGAUGUAGAUGAUAU